AGUUAUAGUUUCCUGCCUCUUCUCCUGCCUACAAGUUCCACCGAACAGCUGGAGGACGGUUGCUUGGUAUUAUUAACAAGCGGGAAGUAUGGCGGUGGCGCGCGUGGAUGCGGCUUUGCCUCCUGGAGAAGGAUCAGUGGUCAAUUGGACAGGGCAGGGGCUUCAGAAAUUAAGUGCAAACUUACCCUGUGAUGCGGAUAUUCAUACUUUGAUUCUGGAUAAAAAUCAGAUUAUAAAAUUGGAAAAUCUUGAGAAAUGCAGACAAUUAAUACAGUUGUCAGUGGCUAACAAUCGGCUGGUACGGAUGAUGGGUGUGGCCAAACUGACCCAACUCCGGGUGUUAAAUUUGCCUCACAAUAGCAUUGGAUAUGUGGAGGGGCUAAAGGAACUAGUACAUUUGGAGUGGCUGAAUUUGGCAGGAAAUAAUCUCAAGGCCAUGGACCAAAUCAAUACCUGCGCAGCCCUACAGCACCUCGAUUUGUCGGACAAUAACUUAUCCCAGAUAGGUGAUCUAUCGAAAUUGAUGUCACUGAAGACCCUGCUUUUACAUGGAAACAUCAUCACCUCUCUUAGAAUGGCACCAGCUUAUCUACCCAGAAGUCUCGCCAUCCUUUCUUUGGCAGAAAAUGAAAUUCGGGACUUAAAUGAGAUCUCUUUUCUGGCCUGCUUAAUGGAAUUGGAACAGUUGUCGAUCAUGAGCAAUCCUUGUGUGAUGGCAACACCUUCCAUCCCAGGGUUCGACUACCGGCCAUACAUCGUCAGCUGGUGCUUAAACCUCAGAGUCCUAGAUGGAUAUGUGAUUUCUCAGAAGGAAAGUCUGAAAGCUGAGUGGCUCUAUAGUCAAGGCAAGGGGAGAGCCUAUCGGCCCGGCCAGCACACCCAGCUUGUCCAGUACCUGGCCACAGUCUGUCCUCUCACUUCUACACUCGGUCUUCAAACUGCGGAGGAUGCCAAGCUUGAGAAGAUUCUGAGCAAGCAGAGGUUUCACCAGAGGCAGCUGAUGAACCAGAGCCAAAAUGAGGAGCUGUCUUGUCUUCCUGCUGUGGAAACAAGGGUACCAGAGCGUUCGAGCCCCGUUCAAGAUUGCCAGAUAGUCCAGGAAAGUGACCCUGUCAUCCAAGUCAAUUCUUGGGUUGGGAUAAGCAGUAAUGAUGAUCAGUUAUAUGUCGUUAGGAGUAACUUUCCAGCCUCUGUACACACUACAAGAUAUUCUCGAAAUGACCUGCACCUGGAAGACAUACAGACUGACGAGGACAAGUUGAACUGCAGUCUUCUCUCUUCAGAGUCCACUUUUAUGCCGGUUGCAUCUGGACUCUCUCCAGUGUCACCUACAGUCGAGCUGAAGCUGCAAGGCCUAGCAGAUGAUGGUGGUGCAGAUGAAUCCGUGAAAGAGCAGGAAGAGCAGGACGUGGAUAAGGAAGACGAAAAGGCUUUUGGGGCUGCAAAUGGGAAUUCCGUUCAGAUGACGGAAAGUGCAGUCAGUGCAGGGGUAAAUGAGCAAGAUGGGCUGUUACCUUGUCCUGAGCCAACAGUAACCAGUGCUGUCUUGAAAGGUGACACCCACAGUCUUGCAUCUUUUUCUGACUCAGUUGGCCACAGUGUCUUUCAUACACAGCCAGACAGAGAAGAAAUCAUGCCCAAAAUAGCUUCUGAGGAACUUCCCUGCAGGACUUUAACCCAGAAAUCUGUUGCUUUGGGACAAGAUAAAGUUGCCCUUCAGAAAUUGAAUGAAGCAGCGACUACACUGCAGGCCUGUUGGCGGGGCUUUUAUGCCAGGAACUACAACCCGCAAGUUAAAGACGUGCGCUAUGAAAUCCGGCUGCGUAGAAUGCAGGAGCACAUAGUCUGCCUCACUGAUGAAAUAAGGAGGUUAAGAAAAGAAAGAGAUGAAGAACGUAUUAAAAAUUUUGUACAAGAAGAGGCUGUCAGAUUCCUUUGGAACCAGGUAAGGUCUCUACAAGUUUGGCAGCAGGCUGUAGACCAGCGUCUAAGUUCCUGGCACACCGAUGUUCCUCCGGUAUCAAGUACUGCAGUGCCGUCUGAACCUCCGUUAUUCACCCAAAGCCAGGCCCUGUCUUCGGAUCAAAGUUCUGAUGGGUUCAUUGUUCCUGAUGAAACUCCUCAAGAGAAACCCUCACCAGAAUUUCCAGACUCUGGUUUUCAUUCCUCCCUUAUAGAACAAGUUCACUGUUUGCAUGAUUCUUUGGAUUUGGAAAAAAGUUCCACAGAAAGCAGUGUUAGUUCUAUAAUGGGGAAUUCCAUUGACACAGUCAGAUAUUGCAAAGAGUUAGGUGUAGUGGAUAUUAGCGAAGAACAUAGUGGGCAGAGUAAGGAAAGCUCAAACAAUGAGCUGGAUAAUAAUCUACUUGAACAGUAUUUAACUUCAGUUCAAGAGCUAGAAGAAUCAGACGAGAGGACGAAUUUUGCUGAAGGGGCAGGAGACAGUGUGCUUCACGUAGCUCAUUCCCCUGAAAAGUUAGAUGCCUUGUCUGACAGUGCUUCUGUCUGUGAUAGUCAUGGCUUAUCUCCUACUUUGCAAGAUGAAACCAGCCAGGCACCAGAGGAUUGUAAAUUGAAUACAGAAGUUCAAGGGCAGCAGUCAGAAUGUGAUUCUACAUUUCAGGUAUUGCAUGUUGGUAUUACUGUGUAGCAUGUCUGAUUCAGCUUCAGAAGUGGAAAUCCACUUAAGAACAUUUUCAGUUGCCUUUUUUUUUUCAAAGGGUAAUGGGAAUAUUACCCCCGACUUUGGUACUAUUUAUGUAGAACGGUAUUCAUUCUUGUCUCAUAUUUUUCAUAGUCUAGAUUCUAAGGUCAAUCUUCAUUUUGUUUGGUUAGCUUUUUUACUUAGCUGUAAUGUAUCAAACUAUUUAUAUUAGAAGCCGUAAGCACUUUAUUUCUUAACUGAAUUUCAUCAUCAGUGUUCCUGUUUUUUAUGCAUUCAUUUCCUUUAAAAAGUAAACUAGAAUAUGUUAAAGAUAGAAAAAAUUACCCUGAAGAUACAAAUAAGAUAAUUUGACUCCUCUGUAUAAAGAAAUUGUGUAGUGAAGAAUGCAGUUUGUGAAAGUGAAUAUAUAUGUAACAUAUGAGGAUUGUGAACUAUUGAAAUUUGCCAGCCUUCUUGAAGGAAGAACUUGUGUUUUAAGCCUUUUUUCCUCCCUUGACUCAAGGAAAGCCUUCUUAUAAGCAAAUAGGCAGAGAAGGUAAGAUUAUAGGAUUUUUCUGUGGAGGUAAUUAAGUUGUCUUAUGGAAAGCUUUAUCAUAUAUCAAUUUUAACAUAUGAAGGAAGCCAAGUGAUUCCCUCCAGAAUUAAAGUCAAGCUUAUUUAAAGAGGCAAUGUAAGAAUAUUUCUCCCAGAUAAGAAAGCAAACACCAGGCUCCAUUCAUUUGGAAUAAUGUCAUGGCAAACAUUUAUUAUCUUUUUAUUUUCUUUCUUGCUUCUCAGAUAAGCAUUUGUGUGCCAAUAUAUUGCCAGAAACUAAUGUGUGUUCACCUUGCACUCCUGCUUUAUAUUUGCAAAGGCCCGUGGUCAUUUACUUCACUUUUGGCCUCAGCCUCACAGUGAA